AUGCGUAGACAUUUCCUACGAUCGGGUGAAACAGUUAGUAGGUACUUCAAUGAAGUUAAGAACUGCGCCAACAUGAGUGUUUACUCAAAAAAUCGGAUCCUGUACUUGCAAGUUCAUUGGAUGAAAGGUGGAGAUGGUUUGAGCCAAAAUAUGGAGUUUAUUUACGUCUUGCCUGGAUGGAAAGGAUCAGCUUCAGAUUCUAGAGUUUUAAGAGAUGCUGUAUCAAGGAGGAAUGGAUUGAUAGUUCCCAAAGGAUUUCAUUACUUAUGUGAUGCUAAGUAUACAAAUGGAGAGAGGUUUUUAACACCAUAUAGAGGACAACGUUACCAAUUAAAUGAAUGGCGACAAGGUUAUACACCAACAUCACCAGAGGAGUUUUUCAACAUGAAGCAUUGUUCUGCAAGGAAUGUAAUUGAGAGGGCUUUUGGCCUCCUUAAAGGAAUAUGGGCUAUUCUUAUAUCAAAGUCAUAUUACCCUGUAAAAAUUCAAUGUAGGAUAAUUAUCGCCUGUUGUUUGCUCCACAACUUAAUUAGUCAAGAAAUGCCCAUCGAUCCAAUAGAAGAUGAGUUGGUUCAUAAUACUUUUGACGAAACUGAAUUAGACUCUAUCACUUAUGUUGAGACAUCGAAUGAGUGGAAUGCUUGGCAAGAUAACUUAGCACGAAAGAUGUAUGAUGAAUGGAGAUUAAAGAUGAGCUAG